CACAGUACCAAGAGAGUGGGUCCUGGUUUUUGAGGCCUCUUCCCCACCAGUUUCUUCCCCGUGAGUCCUAAAAAGAGAAAUUGAGAGGUUUUCUCUCUAAAUAGCUAAUAAAGCAGACAAAUCCAGCUUGCUCCCCCCCAAAAAAUAAAUAUUUCUAUUCUUUUGCAUGUCUGCUCACCCAGUCUGCACCUUCAUUUAAGUUAGUGUUUAUGUUGGCUAUUAAUACAGGUCCACCGGCCAAGCAAGUGUUGACUCAAAUUAUAUCUAUCUACUAUUUCAAACACCUGCUGUGCUAGAUUAAUUUGAUGUGAUUAAAUACGAAAUUUUAUUUUCUGGUCUCAUAACUGUGUACACAAUUUUGUAUUGAUUUUAUCAUUAUAAAGCUAAAGAGAUAAUCUUGGCAGGACUAAGUUUACCAAAAGCUCCUCUGAAAAACACAAGGGGCUAUUUAAGAUGAAACACAUGAGGUUACAGUUGAUCUAAUGGAAAAUGUUUAAAUCCUGAUCAGAGAAAUCUCCAAGUCAAAUUUGUUUAUCCUGAGAAAAUGACAGAAACAGAAAGCAAACUAAUUUGCUGUACAGGAAGUUAACAGAGUCACGGGGUUUCCCCACAGACAGUCAAAAGCAUUAGUACAAUUGUAGAGGAAGCAGAUGGGGAACACGCAAGGUUGUGAGGUCUCUCAUUUCAGUGGAAGCAGAAUUGGAGCACUGGAAAGCAUGAAGUACUACACAAUGAGGCUUGAAACUAGAAAGUGAAUUGAAGACUGAGUAUGAAAGUCUAUUAAUUUGCAAAUUGUGAAAUUCAGCAAUGAUACACUGUGGAAAAAAACAUAUAUGUGCUGUUGUUGCAUGUAUUCUUAUUUUUGCCAGCAUUUUAAUCUGCUACUGGAAAGAUCUUCAGCUACCGAAUACAAUAACUAGAAAAAUCUUCCCCCAGGCAACAACUGCCAGUCCAGCAGGUCGGCUUUGUAGGGGGAAAAUUGCUCAAAAUGCAAUAACACCAUUAAAAGAUAACAAAACUUUUAUUAUAUCCCCAUACUUUGAUGACAGAGAAAGCAAAGUCACUCGUGUGAUUGGGAUUGUUCACCACGAAGAUGUGAAACAACUAUACUGCUGGUUCUGCUGUCAGCCCAAUGGAAAGAUCUAUGUAUCAAAUGCAAAAAUUGAUGUUCACUCAGAUAGAUUUGGAUUCCCUUAUGGUGCAGCAGAUAUAGUUUGUUUGGAACCUGAAAACUGUGAUCCAACGCAUGUAUCAAUUCAUCCGUUUGCACAUGGAAAUAUUGACCAGCUGCCAAGGUUUGAAAUUAAAAACCGCAAGCCUGAGCCCUUUUCUGUUGACUUCACUGUGUGCAUCUCUGCCAUGUUUGGAAACUACAACAAUGUCUUGCAGUUCAUACAGAGUCUGGAAAUGUACAAGAUUCUUGGAGCACAGAAAGUGGUGAUCUAUAAGAACAACUGCAGCCAUCUGAUGGAGAAAGUCUUGAAGUUUUACAUAGAAGAAGGAACUGUAGAGAUAAUUCCCUGGCCGAUAAACUCACACCUCAAGGUUUCCUCUAAAUGGCACUUUUCUAUGGAUGCAAAAGACAUUGGCUACUACGGACAAAUCACAGCUCUAAAUGACUGUGUAUACCGUAACAUGCAAAGGAGCAAGUUUGUGGUUCUUAAUGAUGCUGAUGAAAUAAUUCUUCCUCUUAAGCAUCCAAACUGGAAAACAAUGAUGAGCAGCCUUCAGGAACAAAAUCCAGGGACUGGCAUUUUCCUCUUUGAGAACCAUAUCUUCCCAGAAACCAUCUCUACUCCCAUGUUCAACAUCUCGUCCUGGAAUACUGUGCCAGGUGUUAACAUAUUACAGCAUGUUCACAGAGAGCCUGACAGGAAAGAUGUUUUCAAUCCCAGGAAGAUGAUAGUUGAUCCACAAAAGGUGAUUCAGACUUCUGUCCACUCUGUCCUACAUGCCUAUGGGGACAGCGUGAAUGUUCCCAUGGAUGUUGCCCUCAUUUAUCACUGUCGGAAGCCCCUUCAAAGAGACCUCCCCAGAGAAUCCCUUGUCAGGGAUACAGCCCUGUGGAGAUACAACUCAUCAUUAAUCAUGAAUGUUAACAAGGUGCUAUCUCAAACCAUACUGUAAGUUCAAAAGGGAAACCUCGGUUCUAAGGAGGGAAAGUGGAGAGCCACCCUUAUUGUGGGAAGGCAGAGGAGUGUUUAAAGAGCACAUCAAAAUUAUUUCCACAUGAAGGUUACAUUUUGCAGUGAUUUAGGAAAGUAGCCCUUUUAUGUACUGUGUAAUUAUAUAUGCAUUUGAUAUGUGAACUGAAUCAAUGUAUCCAGGGAAGAGAUUUUCAAAACUGAAAAAAUUAUUUGGUUCACAAACGGUGUUUGAGGCUUCAGUCUACUAUUUUUUAAUGAUAUUUACACAUGAUUGGGAAGUACCUGAUGACACUGUUAUAUGUCUUUGCAGGAAAUUGGUGUGACGUAGCUCUUAUCAAGGAUACAUCCCCUUGGAGAUACACAUCUUUGGCUUUGAAAGGGAACUGUGUUGGCUAUGCUACAAUUUGAAGUGUAAUAAUGAAAUGUAAAGGUGUUGCCAUAUGCAUUUAAUGCUACCUUCUCCCCAGCAAUAAAUGCAUUGUAUGUUUAAAUUCUCUAAUACUCACAGGGAAAAAAAAGGUCUGUAACUUAUUGCCUUUGACAAUAGAAAAAAGUAUCCCACCAUGGAACUCGU